AUGAAAAUAAGACUGACCGACUCGUCGCUCCACCGAGCGCUCGCUCGCCUGCCUCCUCAGCAGCUCCGCCCGGCGUCCGCGCCUCUGCCUCCGCCCGACGCUGCGCCUCCAUCCCUUCCCUCCACCGUUGCUGCGCCUCCGCCCCUGCCCUCCGCCCGAGCGCCUCUCAAUCGUCGCUUGCGCUACCGAGCCACGCUUCUCUCGCUGCAGCCACCAGCGGCCCCGUCGCCGGAGCUCCGAGUGUCGUUGCCUUCGUUGCUCCCGCUGCCCAACGCCCGUGCAUCCGUCUCGGACCUUUGCCCUUUUUCCCGCGCGCCCUAUGUUCUCCGAAGCUCUCUUAAAGGGCGUCCGAAGCCCUGUUUUCUGCUGACAGGUUUGCUCGCCCUUUCUCUGCAAUUCGUUGCUGUUAUGGAUCCCGGAACUUCUUCGGCCCAAAUUGAGGGGGAAAGGGCUGUUCGUAGCCUUCCCGUUCCUGACCAUGGCCCCUCCUCUCGUGGCGGUGUUGCUAAUGAGAACUUGGGUGAUUCUUCGCCCCCUGUUGGUCCAAAGCAGCCUUCCGUUCAAGGCCGUUCCUCUCGUGAUCCGAGAUGGGCCGCGAGGGAGAAGUAG